AUGGAGACCCAGCGGCCGCGCUCGCCCACGCCGUCGGCCAUGGCCAGCUCCCCGCCCGCGCCCGCGCCCUCGCCCGCCGCCGCCCCGCUGGCCUUCGCGGGCUCCAGCGAGCAGGACGUGGCGCUGGCCAAGUCCUUCUGGAACUCCGUCACCCUCCAGCCGCCGCUCGAGUCCCGGCUGGGCGUCCGGGGCGGCUCGCUUUGCGACGGCGCCUCCUGCCCGCGACGGAGCUCGGCCGCGAAAAGCAGCUAUUUGUCUGUUUCAUCCUCAGUGAGUGACAAACGAGAAGAAGAGAGAUACUCGGAAACGGAGAAGGACGUGUGGAAAGAACACUGCCUGGAGAAGGCUAAAAAAAGAGAAGACAUCAUUGCAUUGCUGAAAAGACAAAGGGAAGAGAGGAUAUCGAAAGAGUCCUUAUCUCGGCCACACAAGCCAAAAUCCAAAGCGCCAGAAAGGGACCAGGAAGACGAGAGUUCCAAAAAGGAGAAGGAAGAACAGUCUGAGGAUGAAGAGAGCGUCAAGGCGUUACCUUGAGAAUUCCGACCGGAGACACUAACCGACAAGGCUUAUUUGUAUUUUCAGCCAGCCUGUCCUUGGUGUCUGACAACGGCUGUGGCUCAUUGUUGAUAUAGUCCGCCCCCUUCCCACUCCCCUUGGACUUCUCUGCAUGUUUGACAGACUAGCUCUCUGCGGGGCUGAGAUGGAUGACCUUUCUGGCACCCAUUGCCCCAUGGGACUUAACUCCUGCGCAAGAAAUCUCUGAAGAAAUACCCAAAGCGUUAAAACAAGCUUUUGAUCCACCAGCUUUGCAAGCCGAGAUGUGAAUCUCCGUUUGCUCUGAACGGUGACGUUUCUUUUUUGUAAAAAAAAAAUAAUAAUAAUUUUUAUUGGGUAUUUUACAUUUUAAAACCAAACACACAAUAGCAAAAGGAGUCAAGAGACAAAAACACGCACAUCAGAUGUUAAAAUACAAUCCUAACAACAGAUAUAUACAAUUUUACAGCUUUUCUGCAACGACUUUUGUCUCUACUCUUAGCUUUCAUUCCUCCCUCUCCUUCUUUUUAUUUUUAAAUAUUCAUAAUUAACUGUUUCAUUAGCAGGAUCGUUAUUUACAUUUAUAUCCUGUAUGUUGAUAUCAAAUUUCACUUUAUAUUCUUAAUUUGAUUUCUGUUUUCCAGUUUUACCACCGUUCCUAGCAACAUUGAUAUUAUUUAUUCGUUUUUGUCUUUUUUUGAGCCCCAUUUUGGGACUUGGAAGCUCCAAGAUACCCAGCCAGCAGCAGAAAGAAUUCCAGAGCUCCCAAAUCCUUGGCAGGCGCACCAGGCGGGGGGGAGGAAAGCUGGUUUCCAUCUUAGUACAGCAUGUCACGUUUUGUGGAAUAAGCCCCCCCCCUUGUUUCGCUGUCUUCUGAAUAAACGGAAUAGCUUGCUAAAACAGCUGGCUCUUUUCCAGUGCCC